UGACGACCGUAUCGACUGAAAAAAGAUUAUUUCUUUACACUCGCGUUCCAGUGCGGAACGGAGUUCGUGGCUGGGAUUUCGUUUGAUGAACGUUCUUGAUACGGCAAAAUCGAAUCUUUUGGUGGCCAUCACGGUUUGUGGUGACGAUACAUGCAUGGGAGUCUUUCUAUCUCAACUCCCUUGACCAUCAGGGAGGUAUUGAGCGCACAAGAUCUGGAAGAUUGUUGCUUUUCUCAAACAUUCCGAUGAAUAAUCCGCUAUAAAUGCAGCGCUUUGGAAAUGAGAAGAUCUCAGGAACUCAGCACUUAAUGGACUGCACCCCCAAUAGCAGUGAUAAGAAAACUCUGAAGAGGUGGUUUUUCAUCGACAAGAGGGUCGGAUAAAGCAUAUUUGGUUAUAGCUUAUAAAUCACUCUUAAAAGCGCCAUUUCUGGAAAUUAGCAGCACAAUCAAUACGAUCUGUUGUCUUAUAGUGCUUGUAUUCUUGAUUCAAUGGAACUUAAGUCUACUCAUUCAUCUCCUGUUCUUGCCGACCCUGCACCCAUUAACAAGACGAGACUAGGCAUUCAUUCCACCUUGUCCUCUAGCAAAUGCAUACCGAUACUGAGGAGAAAGCCGGGAAAGCUCGAUGAGGCUCUCUCUAAUGGUUGGCUAGAUGAAAUGAAAGCCUCGUCUCCUCCUCGUAAAAAGCUUAUAAAAGGUUAUUGUGUUGAAGUUGCUUUAGAUGAUGCCGAGAUUGCCUAUUGCUCUUGGAAGGUUAAGCAUCCAUCAGCCCUCAAUUCAUUUGAGCAUUUCACGAAGCAGGCUAAUAAGAAGAAGAUAGCCAUUUUUUUGGAUUAUGACGGGACUCUUUCGCCAAUUGUAGACAACCCUGAUGAUGCACUGAUGUCUAGUGAGAUGCGUUUGGCUGUGAAAAACGUUGCAGAGUUCUUCCCAACUACCAUUAUUAGCGGGAGGAGUCGCAACAAGGUACAUGAGUUGGUGGGACUAACUGAACUGUAUUACGCUGGAAGCCACGGGAUGGAUAUUAUGGGUCCUGUGGGUGUUACCGCGUCCAUUGACCAUCAUGGCUGUGUCAAAUUAACUGACAGACAGGGUGAAAAAUUAGAACAGUUCCAGCCUGCUGGAGAAUUUUUACCAAUGAUUGACGAGGUUUUUAGAACUCUCGUCGAGAAGAUGAAGGGAAUUAAAGGCACAAUAGUCGAGAACAACAAGUUCUGUGCCUCAGUACAUUAUCGAAAUGUAGAUGAAAAGAAUUGGCGCACUAUUGCUCAAUUAGUCCACAAUCUACUAAAAGCCUACCCGCGUUUGCAAAUAACUCACGGACGGAAGGUUUUAGAAAUCCGUCCUGUGGUGGACUGGAAUAAGGGCAAAGCGGUGGAGUUUCUGCUCGAUUCUCUCGGUUUCACUAAUCAAGCCGAUGUGCUCCCAAUCUAUAUUGGUGAUGACAGAACUGAUGAAGAUGCAUUUAAGAUGCUGGGCGAAAAGAAAUGUGGCAUUGGGAUUUUGGUAUCUUCAGUCCCCAAAGAAACAAAGGCAAUUUACUCUCUAAGGGACCCAUCGGAGGUGAUGGAAUUUCUGAAAUCUCUUGUCGCGUGGAAGAAGAUGGAAGAUGCAUGAAGGAUGUGAAAUUGCAGUACUAGUACUAGUGUCAUAAGGCUAGGGAUUCAAUGGGAUUCUGUCUAUGCUUCUAAUAGAUCACGGUCGGGCGGUCGAAAUCUGAGUGAAAUCUUUUUUGCUUUUGCAUCUCGGCCACCGGUCCGUGUAGUUUCUAAUGUUUAUAUGCUAUGUGAAGGGUAAAUGUGGUGUGUUCAGCUAGCUGAUGAGAUCCUGUAAUUAUGUUGGACUCUUCUGCGAAGUGAUAAUGAAUAGCCACACUAAGUAAUGACUAUCAGUUCAAGAA